AACCUCCUAUUCAUAUUCCGUCUCCUACUGAGCAUCAACGUACAGUAGUGCUGCAAUUGCUUUCUGGCUCUCAACCUGAGCUGAUCUCACCUUUCGCGACGGUCCGUCUUCCUCGGCAACGGCACACCACACAACCCCGCAAUGUUCUCCAUCGUCUACCUUUAUUACAAAGUCCUUGCGUUCUUGAUCAGGCGAUUCAUCGCCCCUAAGAAAAAUACGCAAGCUACGCCAGAUGACGUCUAUCAGAUUCCGUCACGCGACUCAGGACGGACCAUCAAAGCCCACGUCUACCGAAAUGCAACCGUAUCCACAGGGCCGACCCCCGUGUUGAUCAACUUCCAUGGCAGUGGGUUCAUGCUCCCUCGUCACGGAGCCGACGAUGCAUACUGUCGCCAGAUGAGUCGCGAAACCGACCGUACAGUCCUCGAUGUCCAGUACCGCCUAGCACCCGAGGACCCCUUCCCCGCAGCUCUCAAUGAUGCCGAGGAUGUGGCCAAGUGGGUUCUGGGACAGCCCGAGAAAUUUGAUCUUGGCCGUGUCUCUCUGUCCGGCUUCAGUGCGGGCGGCAACCUCUCCCUGGCAGCUGCGGCCAACCUGUUUCCGCCAGACACCUUCCACUCCGUUCUGGCGGUCUAUCCCGUGGUGGAUCUACAUACGGACCCGGCGUUGAAGACCGCACCGGAUACUUCAGGCAGAGCGAUCCCCGCUGUCAUCUCGAAGAUUUUUGACAGGUGUUACACGCAUGCUGCAUAUGAUACCCGAGACCCGAGGAUAUCGCCGCUUUAUGCAAGCGCAGACCGAUUCCCUGCGCGGGUGAUGAUUGUCACUGCGGCCUGCGACAACUUGGCGCCUGAGGCGGAGGCGUUGGCGGAGAAAAUUGCCAAGGAACCGGGGAAGGAGGUGGUGCGGCAGCGAAUGCAGGGCUGCAAUCAUGGCUGGGAUAAAUCUGCUCGCCCAGGAACGGUGCAGGGUGAUGCAAGAGAGAAGACGUAUGCCAUGGCGGCAGCCAUGUUGUCCAGGUAGAUGUUUUGUCUCUAGAGAUGUAUCAUAGACACAUAUCUACUUAAAACGAGGUUUUCUUGAUCGCACCCUCACUUUCUUAAUGUGUAGCGUGAGGUAAAAAGCGGUGAAGGUGGUCAGUGAUCGGGAUUGUUAAGACUCAAGCCAUCCAUGGAAACAUCAGACCACCAUCACCACCCCCUCCUGCCUAGUCUGGCACUAGGGAGCGAGCCAGCAGUUACCGACCCCAUCGGUUUCAAUUGAUCAGCAUGCUACUGGACGAGGAGAAAAAAAGCGUGAUGAAGAGAAGGGUCUGGAAAAGCAAAAACUCAGGAACAGUGGGCCACCAUGCCAAUCCUUAUAUGAGACCGCGUGGGAUCCUGAAGCGGCGGUUCCUGACC